GGAUGGGGGAAGUGGCUGGAGCACCUCCGGAGUUUAACCCGAGGUGGAAAGGGAUGCUCAGGCGGGCUCUGGAAGACCUUCUGCAACUACUUGGGGUCCUAAGAUUCUUUGGUACUGGGAUUUGGGGAUUCAAGUAGCUGAGGCGAAGUGACUUUCUGGAGAGGGCGUUGUAUUUAAAGAAGGAUGCUCAGAAACAGUUUAAGCGCUCAUCUUGGUUCUCAACUUUGAGAGGCUGGAGGAUUGGAGUCGCGAGGUGAUUUUUGACAUUUUCUUUCGGCAUUCCAACCAAAAGGUGGACCUUGGCAGCUACCUUCUAAAAUGUCUUAUAAUCAAUGGAUAAAGUGGGGAAAAUGUGGAAUAACUUCAAGUACAGGUGUCAGAAUCUCUUCGGUCACGACGGAGGAAGCCGUAGUGAAAAUGUGGAUAUGAACUCCAACAGAUGUUUGUCUGUCAAAGAGAAAAACAUCAGUUUAGGAGACUCAGCUCCUCAGCAGCAAAGCAGUCCCUUGAGAGAAAAUGUUGCCUUACAACUAGGGUUAAGCCCUUCAAAGAAUUCUUCAAGGAGAAACCAAAACUGUGCCACUGAAAUUCCUCAGAUUGUUGAAAUAAGCAUUGAAAAGGAUAAUGACUCGUGUGUCACCCCAGGAACAAGACUUGCAAGAAGAGAUUCCUACUCUCGACAUGCUCCUUGGGGUGGGAAGAAGAAACAUUCCUGUUCUACAAAGACACAGAGUUCACUGGAUACGGAUAAAAAGUUUGGUAGAACUCGAAGUGGACUUCAGAGGAGAGAGCGGCGGUACGGCGUCAGCUCCGUGCAUGACAUGGACAGUGUGUCCAGCAGGACUGUAGGAAGUCGCUCUCUGAGACAGAGGUUGCAGGAUACUGUGGGCUUGUGUUUUCCCAUGAGAACUUACAACAAGCAGUCAAAGCCCCUAUUUUCUAAUAAAAGAAAAAUACAUCUUUCUGAAUUAAUGCUUGAGAAAUGCCCUUUUCCUGCUGGCUCAGAUUUGGCCCAAAAAUGGCAUUUGAUUAAGCAGCAUACGGCCCCUGUGAGCCCACAUUCAACAUUUUUUGAUACAUUUGAUCCAUCCUUGGUUUCUACAGAAGAUGAAGAAGAUCGGCUUCGAGAGAGAAGGCGGCUUAGUAUUGAAGAAGGGGUAGACCCCCCUCCCAACGCACAAAUACAUACAUUUGAAGCCACUGCACAGGUUAACCCAUUAUAUAAACUGGGACCAAAGUUAGCUCCUGGAAUGACUGAAAUAAAUGGGGACAGUUCUGUAAUUCCACAAGCUAAUUGUGACUCAGAAGAGGACACAACCACGCUGUGUUUGCAGUCACGGAGGCAGAAGCAACGUCAGGUAUCUGGAGACAGCCAUGCCCACGUUAGCAGACAGGGAGCCUGGAAGGUCCACACGCAGAUUGAUUACAUACACUGCCUCGUGCCAGACUUGCUCCAGAUCACAGGUAAUCCCUGUUACUGGGGAGUGAUGGACCGCUACGAAGCAGAAGCCCUUCUGGAAGGGAAACCUGAAGGUACAUUUUUGCUCAGGGACUCUGCACAAGAGGACUACCUCUUCUCUGUGAGCUUCCGUCGCUACAACAGGUCCCUGCAUGCCCGAAUUGAACAGUGGAAUCACAACUUUAGUUUCGAUGCCCAUGACCCAUGUGUGUUUCACUCCUCCACUGUAACAGGACUUUUGGAACAUUACAAAGACCCCAGCUCUUGCAUGUUUUUUGAACCAUUGCUUACAAUAUCACUAAACAGGACUUUCCCUUUUAGCCUGCAGUACAUCUGCCGUGCAGUCAUCUGCAGAUGCACGACAUAUGAUGGAAUUGAUGGGCUCCCUUUACCAUCGAUGUUACAGGAUUUUUUAAAAGAGUAUCAUUAUAAACAGAAGGUUAGAGUUCGCUGGCUAGAACGAGAACCAGUCAAAGCAAAGUAAACCCUCCUGUCCCCCAAGGGCAUUAACUAGAUCUGCUUUUAUGUGCACCAGGCAGUAUACCUAUAGCAAGCACACAUAUCAGUGUUAGGUCUUUCAGUCAGUAUGUAAGCUUAGUGUUAGUAUCUGUCAGGGGCAAUCUGCUGUUACUUUUACUCAGUAAAUGUGGUGCCUAUUGAGACAACAGGGGGUAGAGCUACAGGUAUUCAGUAAGGCUGCAAAGACAUUCUGCCGAUUUAGCUGACAGUUUGGUUUUUAAUGGCUGUAGUAACUGAGUGAAGCAACUCUGGGGCAUUUGCUAUGAAGAAUUCUAUUUCUUACUGAAGAACAAAUUAUUAAUAUUGAAUGAGUAUUUCAACGGUAUGACUAAUGUUUGAAAUUAUUAUUUUUUCUAAGAAUUUUUCUAUAACCUUCCAAAAGUAGUGAUGUUUAUAGUUACUAUAAGUCAAGUUUGGAAGUCCAAAAAAAUAAAGACUGCCUUCCUUUUAGGAAAAAAAAAAUGCAAUUUUCUGGCCACAAGGGCAUAGUGCAGUUCAUGUAAGUGUUGAUAUAGUUUAUAGUCAGUCUCCUUUUCUCUUCUGCAAAAGGUACUGUUAAGUAAACCAGGUUUUCUAAGUAGUAGUUCUUAAAAUUUCAGACUUAUAAAAAGUUGUAGUAGAAUUUUAUUUAAGGCCUUACGUAUUCAUUUUUUAUGAGUGCUUUAACUUAAAACGCAUUGGAAAUAGCUGCUGCAAGGUAGGCCUGCGUGUGAUUUUUUUAAGUUGACACGUGCAGUCGAGUUGCUGGUUCGUUAAAGUUGGAUCUUUUUCUAUGCCCAUGAUGAGUUUGUGAACCAUGAAGAAAGUGAGACGAGACGAUAUCCAGACAAGUCAGAUGAUACUAACUACAGUGGUUGCUGGUCAUUGAGAUUAUUGUUAAACUGUAACUCAUAAUUUGGAUGGCAGUAUUUAUCUCUUUGUUGUAAACUCUUAUAGCUGAAUUGCUUAAGUACAAGUUAUAGAAUUUCAGUGCAUUUAAUUUUUAAUGGAAAAUCUGAAACCUAAAUUGCUGAUUUAAAAGGUACUGUACAACCAUUGUAUCUGUAAAUAACUUUACUUAGCUCCUUUUUGUCACAUAGAAUAGUAUGCAGUACUACUUGAGUCAACUAUUUUGGACGUAAUACCAAGUUCUAGUGUUUGCUUCUUAGUAUUGAACUGAAUUUACAGUCUGUCUUAGACAUUUUGCACUAAAGUAGUCAAAUCCGUUCUCGUGUCUUUCUGUUGACGUGCUCUGUACCACUGGUGAGUGCUCCCUAGUUUCCUUACCUGCUGCUACAGAAAGUUAUUUUACAUCCCAGUGGCUGUCGCCAAGGCCACAGAACAGGAAAGCUGUGUGUGCGACACUAACCCCUGGACUGCUGGUGUCCGUUUCUGCUUGCUGUGCCUUGUUACGGCCGCUUUUUUGUGCUAAUAAAGUAUGUUUGGUGUUCUCCUUGUA